AUGGCAGGGAUAAAUCCUGGUACAAUUAAUCUAAAUCCACCAUACGGAGUAAAGUACUGGUACCAGACAGUUGGAUAUGUGCUAGCGGCUCUUGUCGACAGCGCUGGGUACAGUCACCCAAGACAAGUCAGAAUCCUCAAUCACUUCGCGAGUCUGGUUGCGCCAUAUUUGGGCGUUGCCCCUUGGUCAGAUUUGCCUCGCUGGAAGAGCUUCAUGACGGACGACCACACUCCCGUCGAACUGAGUUGGGACUUCCACACAGGCAUCGAGCAACCCACUAUCCGCUAUUCCAUCGAACCAAUUGGUCUUGAUGCUGGCACAGUCGCAAAUCGCCGCAACGACAGAGCCGCAGCAGACUUCAAGCAAGGCCUGGUCAAGGCAUUCCCAGACACAGACACCGCCUGGCUUGACCACUUUGAAGCAUGCUUCAAUGCGUGUCGGACUGAUGGCGUUUCAGAAGGCCACCGUUCCACCAUGUUCUGGGCGUUCGACCUGACCGAGCAGGCUAUCAUGAAUAAAGCCUACUUCUUCCCCGGCGCCGUGGCAUAUGCAAGAAAUCGGUCCAAGUUAGCCGUCAUUGAAGAUGCCAUCACCUCUGCCCCUGGAUACAGCUCAGAAAGCCUCAUGUCUUUCAACGUCUUUACCGACUAUGUGGGCCAGCACUUGGACGUGAAGCUCGAGGUAGACAUGUUGGCCCUGGACUUGGUCCCGGUAGACAAGUCCAGACUCAAGAUCUACUUUCGGGACAGAAGGACAGAUUUUCGCGCUGUCCAAGAAAACAUGUCUCUAGGGGGCCGGAUAAAAGACCCCAACUUUGAGAUGGGCAUACAAAGGCUAAGGCGGCUUUGGGAUGCCUUAUUGAGCACACGAGACACACCUGAUAACGUCCCCCUCCCCCACAAAGAUCACAGGACGGCGGGCAUCCUCUAUAACGUCGAGUUCCGCACGCACUCCAAAGUCCCAGUGGUGAAGGUUUACAUACCCGUGCGACAUUAUGCAAAAAACGACAAGCAAAUCAUCAGCGCGUUGACGGGAUUCUUAACCGAGGAGCAAUGCGGAAGCCCUUGA